UCGGAGGCUGCGGGGCAGCUGGCGAGGGGCGCUUCUCCGCUCGUGACGAGUGACGCGGGGGCAGUGGCCCAUCUGGAGCCCGUCUUCCUGCGCGAUUCCCGCGGCUCCCAGUAGGAGGUGAGCGUUCCCAGGCUCGGGCCAGUGGCGUCGUAGGGCUGAGCUGGGAGCGGGCUGCCACAGGGCUCCCAUCGGCUCGGGCUCCCCUGCGCUGCAGCCUCUGGCUCUGGCUUUGACAGAUCGGGUCCGAGGCAAUUGAAGAGCUGGGAAGAGGUGAUUUCAAAGCCUUUUCUGAUUUUCAAAGGCAGCCUGUAACAGGAAGAACUAUAAACCAAGCUGACUGGGGAAGACUCUGGAUUUCACCAAGAGACCAAAAUGGCAUCUCAAUGGAUGGUCACCAUGUUGGGGUUGAUGAGCUGGUGUUUGGCGACAGCAGGUAGGUCAGGGCCCGUGCCUCGGACAGAAUGUGUGCUGUCCCCUGUCAACUCCUCACACCCUGUCCAAGCCCUGUUGGAGAGUUUCACCGUCCUGUCUGGCUGUGCAAGCCGGGGCACAACCAGUCUGCCUCAGGAGGUACAUAUCCUGAAUCUUCGGAAUCCUGACGAAGGACCUGGCCAGCCUGAGAGAGAGAUCACCCUGCACCUGAAACCCAUCUCAUCGGUGCACAUUCAUCAGAAGUCUGUCGUGUUCCUGCUCAACUCCCCUCAGCCUUUGGUCUGGAAGCUAAAGACUGAGAGGCUUGCUCCUGGGGUCCCCAGACUGUUCUUUGUAUCAGAAGGUUCUGCGGUCCAGUUUCCAGAAGGAAACUUCUCCCUAUCAGCAAAAACAGAAGAAAGAAGCUUUCCCCAUGGAAACGCUCAUUUGUUGCAGUGGGCCCAGAAGGAAUAUGGCGCAGUCACCUCUUUCACUGAACUCAAGAUAUCGAAGAACGUUUACAUCAAAGUGGGUGAAGAUCAAGUUUUUCCUCCCACUUGCAACAUUGAGAAGAAUUUUCUGUCCCUCAAUUAUCUUGCGGGCUAUCUUCAGCCAAAGAUGGCUGAGGGAUGUAUAAUGUCCAGCCUGCCUCACGGCCAGGAAGUACACAUCAUAGAAUUAAUCACACCCAACUCAAAUCCCUACAGCUCCUUCCAGGUGGACAUCGUAAUCGACAUCAGGCCAUUUCGAAAGGAGCCUGAGGUGGUCAAACAUCUUGUCCUUAUCUUAAAAUGCAAGAAGGCUGUCAAUUGGGUGAUCAAAUCUUAUGAUGUCAAAGGAAGCCUUAAAGUGAUUGCUCCGAAUAGCAUUGGCUUUGGGAAAGAAAGUGAACGAUCCAUGGCUAUGACCAAAUCUAUAAGAAAUGAUAUUCCUUCAACUCAAGAAAAUCUGGUCAAGUGGGCCUUCGAUAAUGGCUACAGCCCAGUGACGUCCUACACCAUGGCCCCAGUGGCUAAUCGAUUUCAUCUUUGGCUUGAGAAUAAUGAGGAGAUGAGUGACGAGGAAGAGCAUUCCACUCCCCCGGAGCUUCGGAUCCUCCUAGGAGGCAGCCCUCUGCCUUCCCCAGAGAACCCUUCCAUCCCAGGAGGAAGUUUUCCUUUUCCAUUCCCUCCCAUCCACAGGAAAGGGAGACACGAGGAGAAAGGAGAGGAUGGAUUCCCUCGGCCAAAGAAACCUUUCCAUCCCACCCUCCAGCUGUUUCCCAGCCCCAAGGAGCCCCAGGAGGCGCAAGGACAUGUGGACAUCGCCUUCUCUGUCACCUGCAAUGAUGAAAAGAUGCUUGUGGCUAUUGAAAAGGAUUCUCUGCAGGCUAACGGCUACAUGGGGACAGAACUGUCCCUGUCGGAUCCGACCUGCAAGGCCAAGAUGAAUGGAAGCCACUUCAUUCUGGAAUCAUCCCUGAAAGGCUGUGGCACACAGCAACGCCUGUCUGCUCCUGACGGCGUGGUUUAUUAUAACUCGAUUAUAAUGCAGGUAUCGGCCCCUGGGGACAGCAGCGGCUGGCCCACGGAUUACGAAGACCUGGAGUCGGGCAACAACGGUUUUCCAGGAGACGCGGAUGAAGGAGAUAGUUUCUUCAUGAGCAGGCCUGAAAUCGUCGUGUUUAAUUGCAGCCUGAGACAGACAGGUGCUCCGGACGUAUCCCAUCAGCCCCAGGUCCAGAACAUCACCUUCAACAUGGAGCUGUAUGAUACAGACCUCUUCCUGGUGCCCGUCUCAGGCAUCUUAGCAGUGGCAGAAAACGGGCACAUUUAUGUUGAGGUCUCCGUUACCAAGGCCGACCAAGAUGUGGGAUUUGCCAUCCAAACGUGCUUUAUCUCUCCGUACUCCAACUCUGACAGGAUGUCCGAUUACACUAUCAUAGAGAACAUUUGUCCUAAAGAUGAAUCUGUGAGAUUCUAUUCGCCCCAGAAGGCACACUUCUCUCGACUCCAUGCUCAGAUGGACAAAAAGAGAUUUAGCUUCAUGCUCAAACCCAUUUUUAACGCCUCGCUGCUCUUCCUGCAAUGUGAACUCACCUUGUGCACAAAGAAAGAAGACACCCACAGACUGCCGAAGUGCAUCCCUCCUGAUGAAGCCUGUACCUCUUUGGAUGUGAACAUGAUCUGGGCCAUGAUGCAGAAUAAAAGAACGUUCACCAAACCCCUGGUGGUCAUCUCUGGAGAAAAAAAUGAAGAUCCAACUAUUGCCAAUCCAAUAGGGAAAUCGCCACCGAUGUUACCCGGCCUGGACACACUGACUGUCAUGGGCAUCGCCUUUGCGGCUUUCGUGAUAGGAGCACUCCUGAUGGGCGCCUUGUGGUACAUCUACUCUCAUACGGGAGAGACGGCAGGAAGGCAGCAAGUCCCCACAUCCCCUCCCGCCUCAGAAAACAGCAGCGCUGCCCACAGCAUUGGCAGCACCCAGAGCACACCCUGCUCCAGCAGCACAACCUAACACCGUGGGCCAGCGGGAGAGCCAGAGAGCCUCACCAAGGAGGGCUGCGGUUCCGAGGGAUCGUCCAUUCGUUGAGGCUUGGUCCCCAAACCUGAAAGGUUGAAUUUGGUUCCCUUUGCAAAGAGAGAAGAGAUUUUAAUGUUAAAAAUCACCAGAUGUAUUCAUUCCCAUCUUCCCCCCUACCUUGGUCAUCAUGGUCUUUGGACCUCCCCUGACAUGUCAGGAUACAUGUAAAAAAACCAAAAACUCCUUGUCCCGCCAGACUGUAUCUCCUUGUAAGAGGAUUGGAAGCUUCUCAAUGUGAAACACACAUAACCAUGCUUUGUCUGUUAAAAAAAAAUCCCCUUCCUUGGGAUUUCCAACUUUUACCCUGAUUCAAGGAGUUGGUAAAGGGAUAGAAAUAUGAAAGAAUUAAGUAAGAUUGAUGUCACCAGAGGAUUCCUUUAAAGGAAAACCAAGACAUUUGAAGUUCUGGAUUUAAGUAGUUCAUAGCACCUUGUACACUGGGCUACAUCCAAGUAGAUACCUUUGUUGGAAUGAGUACCUUUUCCACGUUCUUACAUGCCCUGAAGCUUCACUUGUGUUUGUGUGUAGGUUCCUGCCUUUAGUAUCCACUUUAGGACCCAUAUCAAGGCAACAUUCCUUUACAUGUGCCCAGGGCCAGAACAACUCCAGGUGACCUACACAGACACACACACACACACACACACACACACACACACACACACACACAUGCGUGCUCAGACGGCAGCAAUAUUAUCUUACUGUAGAUUUGGCACGUGUUGUCCCUCCAAAUAGACUGUGACCAAGCUCUGCAGUUCCUAAUUGGUACAUCCUUCUGCCUUUGUGUUCCACUUAGGCUGGUAUCUACAUUAGGAAAGAAUUUGGCACUGGACCCCAUGGAGAGCUUGUCCCAUGAUAACACAUAUGAAUGCAUAGAGAUGCAUGGGUAUGAUAACUAUUCUGGCAGCGGUGUUUUUUUAGGUUGAGAAGAAAUGAGUUUAGUGGUACUCUUUGAAAAUGUUGUAGGACUUCCUAGUUGGAUCUUACUUGUAUGUAUAUUUUGGGCUCUACCCUUGCAAAAUAGGUCAAAACUUUGUAAGCCCAAUUUGUAUAUUAUACAUAUAUAUAUGUAUGUAUGUAUGUAUGUAUGUAUAUGUAUCAUUUAAAAAAAACCAAGAACAAAACCAGAAACUUUUUAAAGAUGCAAAUGCAUGGUAGUUUCUGUUAAACUACUGGUUAGUUAGCUGAAUUGACUCUGACAAAAGCUAUACCAAAAUAUGGAAGGAGGGUGCUUAUUCUGACCACUUCUAUUUGGCACCCUUGCUCUAAACACAUCCCAAACUUAAAACAACUGGGAGGUAAAUUUCAUGAAAUGAAAUUAUAUAAUGCAUCUGAAAUGUGCUUUACUGAUACCUCUGUGUUUGAUGAAAAAAAAAAUCCUCCAGAGGAAAUUUCUCAUGCCGAAUAAUUCACUGAUGGUGAUAGCUUCAUCACUAAUUCUGUAUUCAGCCACUUUCCAGAAUUCCCAAAGAAAUUAUUUAGAAUUCCCUAAGCAGGACAGACCACCUUCUACCGUCUCAGGCUCACCAGCCAAUCUCAUUUCCUCCAAAGCAAUAUGUGGUGUGCCUGAUUCUUCACCAGCAGGGUUCUAGACACCGAAUUCUAAGUAGCCGCCACAGACUUCAUGGCCGCCACUUGGCCAAAGCGGAAUGAGGCUUGGCAAUCCAGCAAAGUUAAUUCAGUCUGUUCAGAGGCUAUCAGAUCAAUUUAGCCCAAAUCAAUCUACUUUCUAUUGAAAUAACUAGUUUGACCAUUUAUUGAGAUGUUGAUCAAUGAAAAAAACAUAUAUUUGCCAGACUUGACCAGAAGCAUGGGUUAGCAGGGAAAUUUCUGCUUCUGGGGACUUUUUUUUUGUUUGUUUUUGUUAUAAAACACAUAGGCAUCAGAGUAGGGAAAUCUAAAAAAUAUGCUACCUGUGUUUGGGAAUAACGCGCUUUGCCUAACCUUCAGCUGAAUGUAUUGUUUUAGUAUAGUCUAUGUAUUAAAAAAAAAAUCUUAAAAGAUGUCUUCAAGGAAGACGAGUCUUUAAGUCACUUAUAACUAUAUUUUACUACAUAAAUUUGUGUAUAAAGAUAUAUUUAAAUGUUUUCGAUAAAUUUAGGUUACUCAGUAUGAAAUGUCUAAUUUCGAUUACUGUGAAUUCUUUUGUUCAACCCUUUUUUUUUUUGCUUCUUUUUAACCCUUUCUGUCAUUAAAAAAAACACAACCCAUUAGCUAUUCUCAUGGGAACUAUUAGAAAAUCCAUUUCUUAGAUGGACAGGGUUAAAACCUUUUGUAAGAUAUUUAAAUGUAUAUUUUUGAAAGAAAUAUGCUGCAUUACCAAUGAUUUUUAUUAAGAAUUUACUCUAAUUUUAAACUAAUUUACAGAUUUAUAUUUACAGACUGACAAACCAAAAAUUGCUAUUUGUUUUAAAAGAAAAAAAAUUGAAAAGAUGUUUUUGAAAUUUUUAGACUUAUAUUUCAGAUCUGUUUGAAUAUAUCCAUUUGGUCCUCCCCCCCAUCUGUGGGAUUAUUCACUUUGAGAAAUCUUAACUAAUGGACCAUUAGCAUAGCAGGUUAUUGAGGUGAUGACUGCUAUCAAAUAUUACUUCUGGGAUAUUUCUAUAAAACAAAACUUGCAGAGGCAGGUGUUCCCCACCCCCUCUCCCACCCUGCAGCCGACAACAGCCUUAGUCCAAGAAUGUACACGGCUCUCAUAGCACCAUUUCUAAUGGCUUCUUAAGUCACCCUUCUGAUACAAGCACAAAUCUUCAUUCUGUAAUAUUUACUGUAAAUUUCUCAUAAAGCUCUUCUGGGUUCUAUAUCAGCCAAAUAUUUCUACCCACAAUGCAUUGUACUUACUUUUUUUUUUAACUUAGAAAGCUUUCUUGGUUCAAAUACUGAGAUUCUGAGGUCAGUUGUUUUAGCCUGUUGGGUUCAAAUCUUGUCUGAGUAACAGAUGACAGCUCCUUGAACAACAUGGUGCUGGUCAAGUGUUACUCUCCAUUGUUGCAAGAAGUCCAGUGUUUCUCUGUUUUGCUACUUGGGAAGCAUUGACUAUGGGAAGGUGGUUGUCUGCUUGUCUCUUACCAUGAUUGUAAUCUCUGUGCCCUGAUUGUUUUCUGUGAUGUAUGUUGUACUAGUCUUUUCUGUAAUGUAUCUACCUCAGGGUUUGAAAGAAGAUAUGUACUGCUGGGCGUGCCAAAAGAGCACUUUUUGUUGGGUGACACAUGUGGGUGUGGGUGGAUGUGGAUGUGUGUGUGUGUGUGUGUGUGUGUGUGUGUGUGUGUGUGUGUGUGCUCACCAGCGCAUGUUUAAGUGUCAGUGUGUGUUUGUUGGUUUGUCCUGCAUGGGGGUCGUUUAUGAAAUUAACAGGUAUUUUGAGAAAAUGUUGGUCAGUUUCCACAUACAAUACAUCUCCAUCUCCCUCUCCCUCCCUCCCUCCCUCUCUCU